CUUGCUGUUGCCACGAACGCAUCGCACCCAAGAGAAACGAAUCGAUUUUUGUUCGUGAAUCGGAAAUAUUCGGAUACAGUUUUUUGUUGUUGGUAAAUAACAAUAAUUGACUUUUAGUGUUUUGAAUACUCGUUUGAACUUUUGGAUUACUUAAGUGUUUGAAAGUGUGCUUAACUUGAACCAUAUAAAGGAUUCCCUAUGGGAUACUAUUUGAAGUAGUAGCACUUUUGGAUUAGGUUUUCUGUUAGUUAGGCAAGAAAAUGUUGACUUCAAGUAAUCAGUAUUUGAGGCCGGAAUAUUUGACUCCAUUGCCCACAACGCUUGAUGCCAAGAAAAGUCCACUGGCCCUCCUAGCUCAAACGUGCUCCCAAAUCGGCGCAGACACCCCUAACGCCAAGCUCCUGCAAAGUGCUGAAAAAUCGUCCAAAAAAUCCGACCAGUCCAAAGACAAGUCCGGUUCCACGCAAUCCUCCGACCUAAAGUCUCCUUCAUAUCACAGCAAGCAUUUGGAAAACCCCCGCGAAAAAAGUCGUACUCCGGAGGAGAGAUCCAGUAGCUCAGCUUCUGCUCAUAGGGUUAGGACUCCAAGUUCAAUGAAAAAUGGACAAGUUAAUGGCCGGUGUGGUAGUAAUCAAAGUGCUGCCUCAGCUAGAGAGAGCCCGACAAUAUCCGUAGAACGAAAAUCGCCUGGAGAAGAUAUUCAUAGAACUUCAAAGAGCCCAGAAAAAGCUUCUGGAGGUCGUAAUAGUCCACAAACACCUUCAGGAAGCAAAACAGCGUUCACUCCAAAUAUUUUAACUAGCUCAUCCGAUCCAGCCAUCAAAGACUUGCCAUUAGGAACAUUCAAGCCAGGGGUUCCAGUAAGCUCAGCAUUUCUAAGCACAUCAAGCUAUCCAGGUUUCCCUCCAGGCUUGCCAAUGGACUUAAUGACUUCAAGCCUAAUGUCUAGAACUAGCGCUCUAAGCCCGUAUUUCUCUUAUGGAAGACUUAAGGCUCAAGACUCCCUAUCAGCAUGUCGUGACCCUUAUUGUACUGGAUGCAGUAUGAGUUCUCAUUUAUUAGCUCAAAAACCUCCGUGCCCAGCAGGUUGUUCUCAAUGUGAUCACGCUAAAGUGCCCACCUCAGUAGCUAGUUACAGUCCAGCUGCAGCAGCUUAUGCUCACGCGCAACUUGCUGCGCUUGCAGCUGCUAGUCAUCUUCCGUACGUUUGCAAUUGGAUUUCUGGCGACGCAGCUUAUUGCGGUAAAAGAUUUUCCAGCUCAGAAGAAUUGUUAGGUCAUUUAAGGACUCAUACUAGUGCUGUGACAAGUGAAGCUAGUUCAAAUUUAUCGCUUCUAACGCCUCCUGGAUUAUCUCAUCCUUUAUUGCAUAGAACGUAUCCUACACCUCCUUUGUCGCCUUUAGCUACAGCCAGAUAUCAUCCGUAUGGUAAACCAUCUUUGUUACCUCCAUCUCUAGGUGGAUUUCCAUUAGGACAUCCUGCAUUACCUCAUUAUUUAAAUCCUUACUCUUUGUAUGGACCUAGAUUAGGUUCUUCUCCAGGAAUGCACCCUUAAGAUGGUUAAAAAUGCCAAAAAAAUAAUUGCGCUGUGCUAUUUUUUUUGUAAAUAAACAAACUAGUCUGUGUUGUAUGGUACAAGAUUCUGUAAGCAUGAAUGAAGGAAGAUAUAAAAAUUUCAGAAUCUUGUUUUUUUAAUGUUAAUACCUUAAGUUAACCUUCUUCUUCAUGUGAAAUAUUUAUGUGUGAUACUUAUAUAUACUAAGAGCUUGAAAUAUUGUACAGAAAUCACAAUAAAUGCUCCUCAUUCAAAAAUUUUGACUCUCUGAUUAUUCAACAUUGUAAAUAUUUAUCAUAAUAAUAAAAUUGGUUGUGUAUAAUCAGGAUUGAAAUACUUAUAUAAUAAGAGUGAUUUGAUUUAUCCCUAUAUAAUUUUAAAAUGUACAUAUUACUCAUGGGAUAAACAUAGUCACUACUUUAAGUUUAAACUUAUUGUAUCUCGAAUAAUAUUUUUGUACAGAUCUCAUUCUGAUAAUGAAAAAUUAACUUAUAUUUUCGCUAUAUUGUUGAAGACAACUUUUCUUGUUAUGUAAUUUGCAUUAUAUUUUGUUUUGAAUUGUUCAAUAGGCCAUUCAAAAGUUUUAAUAAGAAGCUGCUGAUUCCCCAAAUAAAGAGGAACUUUCGAAUGGCCAAAAUUUGUUUGGGUUAGUUGUACCAAUUGUAAGCAAAAUAAAUCUGUCAUACCAUAUCAUGAAUGUAUACCUUAUUAUCUAAAAGUGAAAAAUAUAUUUUUAUUGUUACAAUCA